GGGCGGCUCGAAACUUGAGCAACAGAAUCUCAGUCAGAAUGGCACAAAAAUUAACUCAAGAGGAGCUGAAAGAGGCACAAGCAUGUUUUUCGCUAUUUGACAUGGACAACGAUGGUAAGAUCUCAACCAAAGACCUGGGAACGGUGGUACGGUCAUUGGGGUGUAAUCCAUCGAAAGCAGAAGUCACACAGCUUAUCAGAGAAGUCGACAUCGAUGGAAGUGGACAAGUAGAAUUUGCAGAAUUUCUUGCGAUGUUUGAGCGACAUCGACAUGAAAGAAACACAGAAGAGGAAAUCAUUGACGCCUUUACCGUGUUUGACAAAGAAGGCAAUGGUUACAUUGGCGCUGCGGAGCUACGUCACGUGAUGACGAAUCUUGGCGAGAAGUUACAAGACGAAGAAAUAGAUGAAAUGGUCCGAGCUGCCGAUAUGAAUGGAGAUGGUCAAAUUAAUUAUAAAGAGUUUGCUCACGUCCUUUUGGCGAAAUGAAGAAAAAGACUUGGCGCUUUCAAGAACAAAUAUGUAUAUACUAGUAUCCGAUCAUAAAUUGUGCCCACUGAAUUCUUAAUUCAGGGUCAAAUCUUGUACAAAUAUAUUAUUUGUAAGAUGUGAUGUAAUGGCACAUGAC